CAGUACGCAGGCGCGAGCCCCGGCAGCAGGCUGACUCCCCGAGCGUCGCUGAAAGUUUUGGUUAGCUGUUAGCUCGCGGAUAAGCUAAGCUAAAAUACGCUAAGCUAAAGUACGCUAAGCUAAGUGUGUGUAGUGGGGGGUUUAUUAGACUCUCAGCAUGGGGCUGACUAUCUCCUCACUGUUCGGGAGACUGUUCGGGAAGAAACAGAUGAGAAUUCUGAUGGUGGGUCUGGACGCUGCAGGUAAAACCACAAUAUUGUACAAGCUGAAACUUGGAGAAAUUGUGACUACGAUCCCAACCAUUGGGUUUAAUGUGGAGACUGUGGAGUACAGGAACAUCUGCUUCACCGUGUGGGAUGUUGGUGGUCAGGAUAAAAUCCGUCCUCUGUGGAGACACUACUUCCAGAACACUCAGGGUCUGAUCUUCGUGGUGGACAGUAAUGACCGAGAGAGAGUGGCCGAGUCUGCUGAUGAACUCUCCAAAAUGCUGCAGGAAGAUGAGCUGAGGGACGCCGUGCUGCUGGUGUUCGCCAACAAACAGGAUCUGCCCAACGCCAUGCCGGUCAGCGAACUCACAGAUAAACUGGGCCUGCAGAGUCUGCGCAGCCGAACGUGGUAUGUCCAGGCCACGUGUGCUACACAAGGAACCGGACUCUAUGAGGGACUGGACUGGUUAUCCAACGAGCUGUCCAAACGCUAAUGCUGUCCUCCACCUCACACACCGAGAGAGAGAGAUGUGUGUGUGUGUGUGUGUGUGUGUGUGUACGGGUGAUUAACCUACGAACUCUGUUCUGAAGAACCAGUGUGUGAUGGAUGGGAUUAAAAGCGGGGGGAGGGGCUAGUCAAUCCAAGUGCUACCACCCUCGUGUUUCCAUUUUUUUCUCUUUUUCUCUGUACUCUGUCACUUUUUGUUUUAUUGCAAUGAUCCGAUUUGUUAGUAAGGAGAUGCAACAGGCCGGCGUCACUUCACCCGUCUGUUUCAGUUCUUAGUAAAGGAACAUGCCAUGCCCACUUGGGUCAGUGCACCGAUUCCAUAAUAAAGUAGGAAGAUGUGUGUUAUAAUUUGCACCGGUUGAACUUUGUAGAUUUGCAGCGACACUCGAGUUUAUGAGCUGUUCACAUGUCCGGUUCUCAGGAUCUUUAGUCUCGUUAAUUCAUUAAACCAAUUGGUUAAUUGGAUAACUAGAAAUAUUCAUUUGGAUUGACUUUCUGUUCAUUUAUCUAAUCUAAAUCUAAUCAAUCAAGGUGAUUAGCAUGCUUUAGCCGUCGCGUUUGUUUAUUCGUUAACAAUUAACCACUCAGCAUCGAUAAUUAAUUUUGCCGUUUAAUUCCAGUGUAAAGAUUUCUACAGGAGGAAAUGCUUUCUUUAAGUUACAACAUCGAACAAAAACGUUGUGUUAAAACUGCAGGAGAAUUCUCUGCCUUUGAUCACUCUGGGGGCGGGGCUAAUUUGCGGGUUGCGGGUCAUGUUGUGAAUAGCGGUUUUGUGAAUGAUACUUUGUAAAAAGAAAAGGAAAAGACUGCAGAUUUAACGAUCUUUACACCCUGAACUACAAUCAGUUUAACCUAGAGGAAAACUCCACCCAAAAAAAAUUAGCAUAUUGCGUAUUUUUUCAUUAAAACGUGAUCUGCAGCUGCGUCCAACAUUUACUUUAAGGAAUUUUUGUGCCUAAAAUUUCUUUCAUGGACGUUGUAUUUCCACUGGCUUCCUACAUUACCCACAAUGCCGUGCUGAUAGGAUUCUCCCUAAGGAGAGCCAUGCAGCGGAUCUUUAGUCCUUCAGUCUGUCCAGCUUCCAAAGCUUCAACUUUCACACCGACAUCAACACCAUCGCGCUUGUCAUCUCGUACGUCGCUAACUAGCCAAGCCGUGUAGCCGCAUUGCAUUCUGGGACUUUGAGUCCAGCGUUUAUUCCGUCUUGUCUACUUCUACACUCAAAUUCUUAUUAAUAUGAUGCUGAAAAAUGAAACGUUUGCGAGGCAGUUUUGUUUUUUUGGAACUGACAGGUAAACCUGAUUGUGAUUGCGCUAGCUCCGCCCCCGUGACAUCAGAGUGACACAAGCACUAACCUCUCACAGGAAUAAUAACUAUACAGCACCAACCGACACGUUCUCACCCGAAUCCCUUCUCACAGAUAUUUCAGUGUACGCAGAUGUUUCAGGGCGGAGUUUCAGUGCAGCUGGGUUCUGUUCUUUUUACGGUCCUGAUGUUUCUGCUUUCGAGUUAACAGCAGCGUAAUAACGUUUAUCACAGAGACCAGCUCGGUGUUUUACACAACACGUCAUCUAGCGAGUUCAUAACCGCAGUCGUUAAAGUGUCCGAUGUCUACGUCCAGUUUAAGGCCUCUAGAACUUUUAGAUUAACUCAAACCUUUUUUUUUCCUUUUGCAGACUUAACAUUCCAUGCUGAAUCGACUUCCUAUGACUUUAUUUCCUGUUUACUUCCUCAAACUGAAGUCGAAGGUUUGAUGGAAACUUCCUGUGAGCUCGAGAGGAUAAUUUCAUUUCUGUUGUACAUUUUUUUAUCUCGCCUUCGAUCAUGUCCUCCGUGUAUCUGCUGUCGGUAUUGAUGUGAAUUCCUCGAGUGCUGCUCUCAAAAGAACAUUGGAGAUUUUAUUUGUGACUGAAUUCCUCUGUCGAAUGCAGCGUGUGUUACACACACACACACACUCUCUUUCAUUUGCAGUUAUCAGGUGAUGUCUGUGUACUUUAUGUAUGUACGGUCAUGUUUUAGAAUAAAAGCUCAUUAAAGCA